AGGUUCCGGAUUAGCUUGCUAAAGGUCGACAGCUAUCCACAAACAAGUGUGGCAUCCUAGUCUUGCGUUUGUUGUUAUCUGUUAGCUUAAACUAAACAAAUAAUUUAGAAAUGCCAAGAGGGAGCAGAAGCCGGGGAUCCAGGAUGCCCCCUCCAGCCAGUCGGGCUCCUCCAUCACCACCACCUAUGGCUCGGGCUGCACCUCCUCCCUCCUAUGCUCCUGCUCCGACACAGGCUCCUCCAUCAGCUGUAGGUGCUCCAGCUGCAGCACCUAGGCAGCCAGGGCUUUUUGCCCAGAUGGCGAGUACAGCUGCUGGAGUAGCAGUGGGCUCUGCUGUUGGACACACCCUUGGCCACGCCAUGACUGGAGGCUUCAGUGGAGGACACUCUGAGCCUGCCAGGCCCGACGUCACAUAUCAGGAGCCAUACCAGGGACAGCCAUAUCAAUCACAGCCCAUGUACCAGCAGGAGGUCCCCCAGCAGCAGCAGGCAUGCUCAUAUGAGCUCAAACAAUUCAUCGAGUGUGCUCAAAGCCAGAGUGACCUCAAACUCUGUGAGGGCUUCAGUGAGGUGCUGAAACAGUGCAAAUUUGCUAAUGGUCUUUCGUGAGAACCUUGGGAGAAAAUGAAGCACACACAAACUGACCUAGCAAAUCAUUUGGGAUACCAGGAGAACCUGAUUAACAAGUGAUCAAUAAACAUGUUUUAUCUGGACAGCAGAUUAUCAUCAGACACUUCUUCGUAGUCAUUUCUCAGGAGCAGCAGAGCUUGUAAAUCUUAUCUUAUAAAUAAUGUUUAUAUAUUUUGGUUUUGCAUGCUUUGAGUUGAUGCUAGUUUGAUUUUUCCCAGAGCUUUUACAUUGAGGUCCCUUCUAUUUAUGUGCUGCAAUAAUGGAUGAAGAUGUAAAACCACCUGUUACAACUGUGUUCAUUCAACAGUUGGACACAAGUCUUGGUAACAAAUGAAUAAAGCACUUGAAUUAUA